AUGGUGGUGGUGGUGGUGGUGGUGGUGGUGGUGGUGGUGGUGGUGGUGGUGGUGGUGGUGGUGGUGACAGGGCAAUCAAGAAUGAGUUACGCCCAAAUGGCCCAACGAUUCAAAAAUGUUUCCACAGCUGGCAGUGACAGCACGAAGAACUCCAACAUCAGCAACAGCCGUGCUGCUGCGGGCAAUGCUGGUGACUCAAGUCACGAGGGGAACAAAUCGCGAGUGAAGGACAGCAGCCAGAAAUUAAUGGAAGCUUCAAGUUCUUCCAUAGCGACUCAUAAGAGGGCCGCUAAUGUUCAGAAAAAUAAAUAG